UUUAAAAGAAAAACGUAAAUACGAAACUGGUCCCUGCCACUUUAACUGAACGUCAUACGGUAGUGGGGAAUUCCAGUGCACUCAGGCGAAGAAAUAACAGUCUAAGAUUGCAACACACAAGAUAUUAAGUUUUAACAAACUGAGUCAUGCGAGAACAGUCUGAGAUCUUCGAGAAUUUGGUACCCAUUGAAAAAUAGCAAAGCCUUGAUAGCCGUUUUGUAAAUGGACGACACGGUACAUGAGCAAUGUUGAGCAGUAUGCUGCCUUUAUUUGUUACCGUCACAUAACAGGACCUGCUUUGUUGCUGAUAUAACAGAUUAGCUGAAUUUACGCAGUAAAAGAGGUUAGAUUCAGAAAUGGCAAUAUUUAGUAAAUUGUACAAUGCACUGAGAGCAGAAAUUCGAUCUAGUGGUCUGUCUGGAGAAACGGAGCUGGACGUGAGAUGUAUAUGUUGUUCGAGAAAAGAACGACUUCUCCGUUUUACCGACCUCAAAAGAGGAGAUCAUAUAUGUAUGAGUGGUCAGCACCUUGUGUUUAACAUUGGAGACCGCCAGGUCUCCGCGUACACACAUCAUGCGAUUGUCAAGGCUGUUGAUGUUCUUACCGAGGCUACAGCUCGUGUGACCCGGAUUCACUUUUACACAACACCGUACGACCUGUCAAUUCGAAUACAAGAAACAACUGAUCUUCUUGACUUACAUUAUCACGAAAUAAACAUUAUUCGAUACAGGCACCCAACGCACAAGCCUGAAACUAUUAUUAAAAGGGCUGAAGGACUGAUAGAACAAAACAAACAUGCAAAAUACUCAGUAUUGUCUUGUAACUGUGAACACUUUUGUAACUGGUGCUGUGUUGGAAGUGAAGAUAGCUAUCAAGCUGAUAACGCCAGGGAAGUAUUGAGAGCAAUUUUAGCAGGAACAGUAAAUAUAGGUGGCAAGAUUUUAAAGGUUGUUUGUAAACUGCUUUUGUUAUCAGUUGAAGAUUUAUCAAAAGUAGCAGUUGGUGCUCUUGUUGCUGUACCAUGGGGUGUUCUUGCAGCAAUGGCGAUAUUGUAUCUUAUUUACACAGUUUACCGCCAUCAUAAGUUAGAUACAGAUUUAAAGUCUGGUAAAAUUUGUUCCGCUUGUUGUCUGCACAAAAAGCAUGAGCUGUGGAUUCAGUUUGGGGCAUACUGUGUCCUUCAAGCAGGUGGGCUUGGUUUGUUAUCACUGAUCAUUGCUGCUGGAGCUACUGGGGGCAUUGUGGCUGGUGCUUUGAUCGUAUGUAGUCUUUUGUCCUUGGUAUGUAUUUCGGCUGUUCCAAAGCUUCGCCAGCUGUUUUGUUCCCCCUUUCAAGGUCGAUUGGUGAGAGUUCAAAGUAUGGAAAAUAUCUGGAUCGGGGAUGUAAUUUCGUUUGAUCACUGGAAGAUUUCUCAUGACGGAAUAGUAAGCGCCGUCAAAAUCUACCCUGAGACGAGAAAGAAAAAAGGUUAUGUUAAGGUCAUACAUUACUCCCUCCCAACUCUUUUUGGUCGUAGGACUGUUGUUGAGGAAAAAAUUGAAAUUGAUCUGGGAAAACAUUUAAUUCUUGGCCACGAUUAUAGUGGAUACAACGUGCAUAAACCGGAAAUUGUAGUUCUUCGAGCCACACAGAGGUUGGGUGAAACGAAAUUUGGUCUGAUGUCAAAUCGUUCCUGUCAUUUUUGCCACUGGGCAAAAGUUAACGAAGAUCUGCAUGAUGAGGAUGCUAUUGCCCAAGAAUCUGCUCAGACUGCGUUGCAGUAUUUGAAAGAAGUUGACCCAAAAGAUACAAUUUCUAAUUUGCCAAAGCUGUCACUUUAUGUUGAUCACAAAAGAGGAAGAAACCAUGCGACAAAGACUCUUGAAAGAACCUGGGCACGAAUUAGAGACGACAUAAAACCUGGACAAAUAGUAGAGUUCAAAUACAGAGGUUUCUGGCAUAAGGCUGUCAGCACCAAUGUUCGCUUUGACGAGCAUGUCCAAUCCAAGGUAUCUAUUACUCUUGUCCACUACGGAAGACAAAGAAAAGUCUGUGAAGAGACCUUACGAUUUAAUCUAAAUGAUCAGGAUGUAUGGAUUUACAAAUAUCACCCACUUUACCGACACAGAAAAGAUGAUAUCAUCAGACGUGCGCUAGCCAGAAUUGGAGAAGAAAAUUACAGACUCUUAUAUCAUAGAUCCUCUCAUCUAGCAAGAGAAAUUGUUGUCAAGGACAAAGAUGCAAAAGUGACGGACAUUGACGAAAUAAAGCAGGGGGAUGUGAUUACUUUCUAUUACUGGUCGUUUGAACAUGAUGGAAUUGUAACCAAUGUCACUCGAGGUGAAUCCAAAGAAAACACGAUUGGUAAAUUGAGGAUAAUUCACUACGCCCUGGAUCAUCUGUUUGCAGUUAGAACCGUGAAAGAAGAAUUUAUGCCGGUAAAUUUGAAGAAAGAGCUUAUAUAUUUGAAGGGUUAUGACGGUUAUAUUACCUAUCCACCAGAAAUGGUUGUAAAGCGGGCGCGAUCGAGAUUAGGCGAGCAGCGAUUCUCACUCAGUGGAAACACGUCAUCAGAUCUUGUCCAUUGGGCGAAAGUAGUACAAACUCCAGUGGUAGUUUCGAAAUCGCAAAUGCAAGCAACUCAAGCACCUGGUACUGAAGAUGACACUUAUCUUCUUGUACCGAAAGCUGGCGAACAGUGCGAGGAGUUUCAGUAUUUUCGCGCCACUUCGUGGUCCGACUUGUAUCCUGGUGUAAUAGUUGAAUAUCGAUACUACUGGAUUUGGCACCAAGGAAUCCUUUCCUACAAGGACGAGAAGAGAAAGAGAAUCAAGGUGAUCCACUACGGAGCAGACCAUCUGUUUGCAACACGAAUCAUCAUGGAGGAAAGCAUGCAGUUAGACUUGCGUUAUGAUAACAUUUGGAUAUACAGAGGGCAUCCGAGGCAAUGCUAUAAGGCGGGAAUAGUUCUAGAAAAUGCGCGAAGGCGACUGGGAGAGCAAAGAUGGGAAGCAGGAAAUAGGUCUUGGGACUUCUGUAAAGAUUGUGUUCUGAAAAAGAGGUCGAAGGAGGUGUAAGGUUUAUGAAUAUGUAAAAGGUAUGGUUAAAGCAGAUAUAUUCCGUGUUCUUUGAUUUGAAUACUGAAAAUAAUUAUUGGCAUUAGAAGACGUAUUCUUUCCUUUCUUAACAGAUAUGAAACGUAACGAUUAUAAAUUGAUUUUUUGGGGUUCUAUUUUCUUCUCAUAUCUGUGAUGCAAAGAAAAUCAAAAUCAUUGAUUUCUUGAUUGAUAAUCUGUGUAAGAUAUUUCGACCGUAAUGACUAUAAAUUGAUUUUUUGGGGUUCUACUUCCUUCUCAUAUCUGUGAUGCAAAGAAAAUCAAAAUCAUUGAUUUCUUGACUGAUAACCUGUGUAAGAUAUUUCGACAUGUUGCCGUUACUGUCUGAAAAAUCAGCGUUCAUAUGCGAAGAAUAUGUGUUUGGACAGAAAAUAUGUCUGAAUAGUUUUAGUUUUAUAUCAUCUUUUGAUACAUUUACAAAGAUAAAUUGUUUUUAUUUUUUUGCACUGAUCUAUCAACUGAUGUGCGGUUUAUACACUAUAAAGUAUUGUAUUAGGAAGUAUAAGUGUUCGCUUGCAUAGAUACACAUGUACACAUACAUAUAUACACAUGUGCACUAGAAGAAUCUCGUAUUUAACUUUCGUGUAAUCUUAUAUGAAUCUCAUAAAAUGUAUAGAUUUUUAAGUUGUAUGUAUUAACUAUAUACUCAAUUUAUAGGUGAUGUCGUGAGCCAGUUUGUUCUCAUUCAGGAUAAAUUACAGUUGUGUUUUUACUGUGAUGAUUGUGAAGUUUUGACUUGAUGCAAAAUUUAAUGUAAUGUAUUGCGUCAGUUUGUCCUCAUUCCGCAUGAAUUACUAUUGUUGUUUCUUACUAUAGUCACUGUGUAUAUUUAACUUGAAAUAUAUAUAUUUCUUUGUGAUAAUUGUAGGUUUUAACUAAUUAUUCAAUGUAUUAUAGUGCGUGCGGAAAUUUGUUCCCAUUCGCUAUUUCUUACUGUAAUGAUUGCGAAUUGUUAGGUUAAUGUAGUAUUCUUAUAUAGUGCACCAAAAUAUCCGCAUUCGGAAUAAAUUAUGUUUGUCUCUUACUGUAAUCAUUGUGAAGUUUUGAAUGUAAUAUUUCUCGAAUUACUAAUAUGGCUUCAAUGACAUUAUUGUUGUUACUUUUUGUAUGGUAUUUGUAAUGUAGUGAGCCAUUUGUUCAAUUUGAAUGUCUUUUAUUAUAAUAAUUGUGAGGAAUUUGAUGUAUUAUAUCUCGUAUUUGCCAAUAUUGCUUGUUUUAGGGGGGAGUUGGAAUGAAAUUGCCUCAGUUACAUUGAUUUUAGAAAAAAAAAACAUGUAUUAAAGGGUACAUUUAUCUCAGUGUAUUUUAUGAUAUUGUUUGAUUUGUCAUGUUAAUUUUGCUUUAAAAUAUUUUUACAUAAAUUUUAGCUACCCUGAACGCAAAGUGCCCAUGUGAGCUUUUAGGAUCGUUCAAUGACCGUCGUCCGUCAUUCAUCCAAACUUUCUUGAAAGAACAUGUCUUAAACCACAAAGCCAAUUUCAGCUCAGCUUACAGGAAUGUUUCCUGUUUAAAUCUAGGUAAUGUACAAUUCUGGUUGCCAUUCUGGUUGUCAUGGCAACCAAAUGGAAAAGGUUUGCAAAUCUUUUUCUCAGAAACAGUAGGCCCGAUUUAAAAAUAAUUCCACAGCAGUAUCCCUUAGGUGGAUGACCCUCUUUCAAUACCUUAAAGUUGUUUUGAUACUUUAAAUACAUAGCCGCAUGUUGGCGGGCUAGUAUUUUUCUAUAUGACUGUAUGGAAAUGAAAUGAAAUCUCCUCCUCUAAAAUCACUUGCAGAUUAAAAAAAAAAGUACUGAUUUCCUUCAAGCUAUGCUGGUUUGUAAAACAGCAUGGCCGCCACGUGGUUGUGCUAAUUUUCUCUCUAUUGCUAUAUAUGGGAAGGUUUAAACUCUUAUUAAGGCAUAAACCCCUGGCUUGAUUUUCAAAUAUUCCUUGGGUGACGACUUACAUAAUUCCUUUUGAUCAGCCCACUUGAAAGUUGCCAGCAGGGGAUGGGCACGUUUUCAUGUUUUAUGUCGUGUGUAAGGUAAAAUCUGAGUCGUGGUUUCGGGAACUGCUGGCAUGACGUAGAUAUAAUUUUAAUGAAACGUUCCUUAUGUGAGUGUUCAAAUUAUUUUGAUUCGUCAAAGACAGCGUUCUCACUUUGCGCUUUAAGUAUAUAGUAAUAGCUUUUAUAUUAUUCCCUUCAGAAACCGUUGGUCCUGUUUUGAAAAAACUCCAUACAAAUGUUCUUUCAGUGACGAUUUUCAAUGUGUGUUCAGAUAUCUUAAUUCUUUUAAAAAAGAAACAUGAUCACCAUAGUCAAAAGUAGACAAGAUCAUCUGGUUCCUCAAAAGAAUACAUAUAUGUAUGUAGAAGUAGAUCUACACGUAUCUUUCCUGAAUCGUUGUUUUGAUUUUGAAAUAUUUCUUGGAAGACUGUCGUUCAAGAAUAUUCAAGUUCUUUUUUAUUCGUCAAAAACAAAGCUCUAAAGCUAAAAAUAGACAAAAUGAUCGUCAAAUAUCAUCUUCUGUCGUGACCCGAUACAAUUUGUUCAAAUUAUACCCGUUUUUAGAAAACAUGGCCUACCAGAGGGCAAAGUGAUUUUUCGCAUCUUGUCCAACAAUUGAAUAAAUUUGAUUACUUUACUGUUACAUGUACUAUAGAGUUAAUAUCGAUAAUAUCGAAGUUGACUGAUAGAAAUAUUAAUAUCCCACUUACUUCGAUUCCAGAUCUUUCAUUUUGAUUCUUAUUGUUGAUUUAAUGAAGGAAGAUUCUCAAAGUUCUAGUCAUUUAAGUUUUGAUACUGAAAAAAUGAUUAUCAGGCAUCUAACUCUUUUGAUAAAUUUGAUCUGAAAUCUAUACAUCAGGAUUUUUUACAAUAUGACAAUGUAAAUAGUCUUUUACAUCAGCAUGUUUUUAACUUGGAGCAUUGAUACUGAUUACUCAAGUGUUUGUGGUAUUUUGAAGCAAGAAAUGUAUAGUAAGAUUGAUCACAAAACUGUUUUAGUAAAUAAUAGUCGGUCUAAUAAGAAACGAAAGAUUAGCAAACCAUGUUGGAAUGAUAAUCUUUCUAGCCUAUGGAAUACAUUUUGUGAGGCUAAAAGAAAUUGGCUAAAAUGCAUCAGUCCACAUGAUAAGGCUAGGAAAUCUUUUGAUAGGGAAGUGCAGCGAGCUAAACGGGCUACAAAACGACAUUUUGACUGAGUAUGCAAGUAUUACUCAAGAAUUUUGGAAAACCAUAAUUAAGUAAGGUAGGGUAUCACAAUCCAAAAAUAAUACUAUACUUAUGGAAGUACUGCUAGAAGGAACUGUUUCAAAAGAUAUUCAUGUUGUACUUGAUAAAUGGAAAAUGAUUUUUGUCAACCUUUUACAUCGGCAUCUAUGGCAAAUGAUGAGGUUAAUGUUAUUUCAGAUAGAAAUAUACCUUUAAAUGACAGUAAUAGUUUGAAUGGAAAUAUAACUUUAUUUGAGGUACAAAAUGCUAUUUUAAAAGCAAGGAUUGGUAAAGCAUAUGGUUAUGAUAAUAUUCCAAUGGAGAUUCUUAAAAAUGAAUGUUGUGUUUCUUUUUUUUGCAUAUUAUUUAUAAUGUUUAUUUUUAAACUGGAAUUAUACCUUCAGAUAGGGGAAAACUUAUAAUAAGCCCCAUUUCUUAAGUAUCAGACUUCAGAUCCAAGAGAUCCUUUAUCUAUUCGUGGAAUAUCUCUUUCUUGUACAAUGUAUAAGAUUUAUUGUUCUGUUUUUAAUGAUAGAUUUUCUAAAUAUAUGAAGAUAAAUAAUAUUGUAUCAGGUGAACAAAAUGGUUUUCGGAAAUCUAGAAGUACAGUAGAUCAUGUUUCAUGUUUGGCUAAUAUUAUUGAUACUAGAAAAAACUUAGACAAGCUACCUUCUGUGCUUUUAUUGAUUUCCGCAAGGCAAAUGACUUUAUUAAUAUAUUUUAUGGCAAAAGCUUUCAAGGUUAGGCAUCCAUGGAAAUAUGUUUAAAUCACCUCAGUCCUCGUAUCAGUCAGUAUCUUCAUGUAUAAGAUUGAAUGGACUCUAUACAGACUGGUUCAAUGUUCAUUGUGGACUCCGUCAAGGCUGUACGCUAUCUCCUCUUUUGUUUAAUCUUCUAUUUAUCAUCGAUCUAGUGGUACAGAUCAAAGCACUAGGAAAAGGGGUCCAGGUUGGCAAUAAACGAGUCUGUAUAUUGUAGUACGCAGAUGAUGUUGUAUUGAUUGCUGAAAAUGAGCAAGAUCUUCAAAGUAUGUUUGAAGUUUUGUCACAAUGAUGUAAUAGGAAUAGUAUAUGUUUGUUAAUCAUCAGAAGAGCAAGGUUUCCAUUUUAGAUCAGUCUCUACUGAAAGAUCGAAUUUUCUAUUUACAUGUGGUGGACAUUCUUUGGAAGUAAUCGCCUCAUGUGCUUCUGGGACGAUCUGUGUAUGAAAAAAAAUGAAACCACUGCCUUACCCUUGCAUGAUCGUAAGAGGCGACUAAUAGGGUCUUAAUACUUGGUUUUGCUGUAACUCUGUGAUUCCAACAGGUAUGCAAAUUUUGAUUCCAUACCUCAUGUUUUUAUUUCGAUGUAAAUGAGAUGUGAAACCAAAAGUUGUAGUCCUGUUUGGCGCCAUAUUACCUAUACUGUGUUGGUGCGCCGAAAAAACCCAAAUAAAUAAAUAAAUAAUUUGGAAAUAAUUGUCCAGUACACAUAUUUGGGCCUUCCGUGUCAUACAAUGUUUUUAAACAGUACAAAAGAGAGUUAUUUUUUUUCCAUAGGAGUUAGAAAAUAUACCUCAAAUGCUUUCCUUUAUGAUGAAUUAGCAUGGCUUCCAUCACAUAUAAGGCAAUGGAGGGUGAUCUCUCACAAUUUUUAAAGCUUGUGGAAGUAAAAGUAGUAUUAAUUAUAAAAACUGGCAAUACGAUUUUCAAAAAUGUUUACAUAAGGUAAAUUUAUCCCUUUGUGGAGGCUGCGUUUUUGGUACGUGGCAUUCCCUGUUUGAUAUUUGUCUUUGUGUUUUAUAUAAGAAUUGUAAUCACAUGUCUUCUAAAUAUUUCUGUGGUAAGAUUGAGAAUGUAUUGAUGACGGUAUAUAAGACUGACUUGUAUAAUUAUUUUAAUAAAGUAUUAUAAUGAUAGAAGAAAAAGUGGUAGAGAUGCAUUAAGUUAAGAACCGACAAGUUAUUUAAACAAAAUUAUGAACCAGAACAUUUUAUAGGGAUGUUUAUACUUACGAAACAUAGAAGCGCUUAUGCGAAAUUUCGAUGCGGUGUGGCCCCACUUCGUAUUGAGACGGGGCGGUAUGAAAAUCUUCCAGUUUGUAUAUCAUCAGUAGAAACUGAAGCACAUGUUAUGUUGUAUUGUGAUACUUACUCAGUUUUAAGACAAUAAAUUUUUAUCUACUGC